UUUACUUUUGAGAGGAUGUAGAUAAUACUUAGACUUAAAAAGCACAAGAAUCGCAAAGACUUUCCUUAAUGCACUGAACUAAAUAUUGAUCAUUACAGAGUCUGGAUUUGCAAGAUACGAAAUGAACAGCUGUGCUGUGAAACUCAUUUUUCUGUUCCUUACUGUAGAGGGUACUUGGGGUUCAGAGCUAACCAUCAAUGCAAGGAAGAAUGCUUCAGUAACACUUGUCUGUUCCAGCAGAGAGAACUUAGGGUUGUGUUACUGCCCUUCUUUCCCUCGGAAUUGCCCAAAGUGUACAGAUGUAAUACCACUGGCCAGUUCUUUUAAAACCUAUAAAGAAGAGAGAUAUUUUAAGAUGUUUGGACUCAAGUGCAGUAACUCAGGACUGUAUGCAUGCUUCAGUUCAUCAGGCCCAAGACUUGGAAAAAAGUACAGAAUAAAUGUGCUUGAAGAUCAAGACCCAACUAUUGUGAUUGGGACUGUGGGACAAUCCAUAGUCAUAUCAUGUGGUACUGAACUGGACAUCAUGGCUGCCUCAGAGAAACACUGGUGCCGCUUGGCCAACGCAAAUUUGUGUCAACCAGACACAAUCAUGGGUCCUGAAAAUAAAACCAGAGGCGAUUUCAAGAUCAUAGACAGUCCUAGCUUAUUUUCCUUAGAGAAACGUCAGCUAACACACAACGAUUCAGGAUUCUACAGAUUCACACAGGUUUUUCAAAAUCAGACAAAAUUCCAUGUAGUGGAACUCCAGGUUAAAGACAAACCCAAUUUUUUGCAGAUCAGUCCUGUUCAAGUCAAGCCAAGGACAGAUAAGCUUUUUAAGAUCACAUGCCAGUAUUCCCAAGACUUGCAAGAAUUUUCAAAAUUUUGGCUAUGUGACAGUUCAGAGUGUCCUGAGACAGUGAGGAGUGUAGAUGAUAGAUUCCAGUCUGCCCUAGUUUUGACUAUUGAUCAUGUGGCUUGCUCAAAUAUUAAAUAUUUCCAGUGUGUGGUAAAGACAUCAGGGAGCUCUGUUAAUUCUAUUGUUUAUCGGAAACCUUCAUACCAGAAUCCUGUUGUAAACGUGGAGUUAUCUUCUUAUCUAAAGAACCGGAAAGUGCUGGUGAAUUCUUACAGUCAGCUUAAUCUUAUUUGUUUAAAACCUGACAAAUAUAAUCGGGAAUAUGACAGAAUUAGUAGAUGGGGUUCAAGGAAUUAUGACUAUUAUUAUCAUAGCCAACCUAAGUGGUGCAGAGUGAGUCACUCUGGGUGUUUGAUUGUGAAAACCAAUGUAAGAGAGACAAUAAGCUCACUCAUAUUACAAAUAUGUGUCACACCGAACGAUGAUGGAACAAAAUAUCGCUGCUCAGUCAACACGGAGAAUCCAGAGGUUGAGAUUGCAGUCACUGCACCUCCUCCUCAACCAGUCACUCAAGCUGUGGGGCCCAUAAAGCCAAGGACCACUUUACCAGAAUCCAGCGGUGGUGUAGAACACAGUGUAGGCAUCAUAAUAGUAGUGACCAGCAUAAUCCUUCUUAUCAUCAUUUUGUCUGUUACUGUCACCAGAUGCAAUGGUCAAAAACUCAGUGACAGGUUAUUUACAAGGAGAACACCAUUGUCAGCAGUCGACUUCCAUGCAAAUAUGUAUGCCAACUCAGUCGCCCACUAUUACAGUCAUCAUCGACGUCAAGUGCCCCCACCUGAUGAACAUAGUGAAGGAAAUGGCAAGGGGACCUCAAGCAGCUCAGAUGAGGAGUUUGAGGAGUUGCCUGUUCGUCCAAAGAUGCCCUCCACUGUCAUGCCAGAGGAAACAGAUUACAUCAGGGUUAAACCAGGAGGAGCAGCUUGGUCUCAGAAUGUCCCUGCUUUGCUCAGGGACAGAGACCAGUUUGGCACAGACGGGCUUCCACUGUGUAACGAUGACAAUGUACCAGGUUUAGGUAGAGAAAAUAAGGUGGGUCACAUGAGCAAGACAAACACAGACAACGUGGUGACAAAACAGUUUGAGGAUGCGGCUCAGAGUAGCUCAGGGUGCAGUGACAAAGAGAAUGAUGAUGAAGUCACUUACACUCAUGUGAUCAUCAAACCCAAACACAGACUUAAGUAAGUGAAUCAUGGGCCUGAUUUUCCAGCUAUCCUGGCUGAAUUUAGAUUCAGUUUCACAAAAGCAGUGGCACAUAAGUUACCAUUAAGAUUUAUUCUGUAGAGCAGGCCUACUCAGGACCAGGCUAACAGCCAGGCUUGAUUAUUCCUGGUGCCUUAUCUGUUGGACCAGUGUAUUUUUUUUAUUUAUUUAUUUAUUUUUUUUUUUACAGUUAUUCCAUAAUCUUAUGUUUGUGUUUUAGCUGUAUUAGCUUACAUUAAAAUACCACUGGUACAUGUUAAUACUGUUAUUUUAACAUUGCAUGUUAUAGACAUUGUAACUGUUUGUGUUUAUGAAGACUGCUAUUCAUGCUGUUGUUAGGUUGAGGUUUAAUAAAUAUAUUAUUGCAGUUGUUUAGAUGAUUACAAAUGGCUAAUAAAGUUGCAAAGAUGUUUUAAAUGAAGUCAGAUAUGAGGACAAUUUUUCAGCCUUUUAAAGUCCUGUUUCCAGAGCUUUCACCACCUGAGGGUCAGCACACACAGGGCCUGUGACAUCAUUGUUGCCUGCACUUUUUUUCUUUCAGGAUGAAAGGGCUCCCAACAUAGCCUUGGACAUGAAAGGGGACAGUGCUGAAGAAUUUCUUGAUAACAUCAAU